GAAGUGGAGUUCUUCUGUCCUGGAGGUGUGACGCCUCAGAGAAGUUGACAACUGCUGCUUCAGGUGCAUUAGCUGUAUUUAUAUUUUGAGCAAUUUCUUAUCUCAUUUUCGUCGUAUUAUUAUAGGAUAAUUGUUUUUUAAAUUGUUUUAUUUUUGUUUUAUUUUUCUAGUAUAUAUGAUUGCAUCAGAGGACUAUUUUAACUUCUAAACGUAUUUUUUAUCUAUUUGUUGCUUCAGUCAACAAACAAACAGAGUUGGAUAGAACAGAGCAGUGGUUCUCUUUUUUGAGUUGUGUACCAGUGCAGAGCAUUUUUGGUUGGAAAAAAAAUAUGUAAAACGCAGCAUUUUGCAGAUAAUAUAUAAUACACAAAAUUCAGUUUUUGAAUUCACACUUAUAUUUUAUUGAAUAUUUAUUAAAUAACUAUUUUCAAAGUCUUUUUUUAAAUGGAUGCUCAUUUUAAAUAUUUUUAAAACAAAUCUCACGUACCGCCUAGAGGGCCUUCGCGUCCCCCCGAGGGGACACGUGCCCCCGCUUGAGAACCACUGGGAUAGAGAAUAAGGACAGUCCAGUAAAAUGCAGGACUACGAGGAGUCCCUGUCGUUUUUGGGGACCUGGGGCUCGUUCCAGAAGAGAGUCUUCUUCCUGCUCUGCCUCGCCAUCAUCCCGAGUGGAUAUACCAUGCUGUCCGUCAUCUUCCUGCUGGCCACGCCCCCUCACCACUGCUCCGUCCCUCUCCACGGCAACCAGAGCCAGGACUGGAUCCAGGCCAGCAUCCCAGUACAGGCGGCCGGGCGGCCGGAGAGGAGCAGUUGUAGCCGGUACCGGCUGGACCCGGUGCAGAGCCAGAACCUGGAUCUGGUCUCCAACCUGUCGAGUCUAGAGGUCCUCCUCGCCAACCUGACACAGGAGGGCUGUAAAGAUGGAUGGACCUACAGCACCGAGCACUACGAGUCGACUGUCGUCAGUGAGUUCAACCUGGUGUGCGCCGACCAGUGGAAACAGCCGAUGUGCUCGCUCGUCUACUUCCUGGGAGGACUGACCGGAUGCUUCAUCUCUGGACAGAUCUCUGACCGGUUCGGCAGGAAGCCGGUCCUGUUCGUCGCCAUCAUCGGGACGAGCAUCUUCAGCGUCGCGUUGGCCUUCGCGCCGUCCUGGCCCGUCUUCAUCACGAUCUUCUUCAUCCUGGGCCUGGGUCAGCUCACCUCCUACAUCACUGUGUUCGUACUGGGCUCAGAGAUCCUGAUUGGUCCAAUCAGACUCCUCUUCUCCAGCCUGUGCAUGCCAUGGUCCUACGUGUUCGGAGUGAUGAUGCUGCCCGCCACCGCCUACUUUGUCACGAGCUGGAGACACUUGUCUCUGGCUAUGGCUGUGCCAGGACUGGCCUGCAUCCCCCUCUGGUGGCUGAUUCCGGAGUCGCCGCGCUGGCUGGUGUCUCGUGGCCGAAUACAGGAAGCAGAAACCCUGCUGAGGUCGGCGGCUCUGGAGAACCGAGUGGAAGCUCCACAGGUCAUCUUCCUGUCCGCCAAUGUUGAAAAAGUACCGAUUGAGAAGGAAGAGUCGGCCAGCUUUCUGGACCUGCUGAGGACGGCAAACAUUCGACGUAUGACACUCAUUCUGUGGUUCACAUGGUUUUCUCUCAGUCUGAGUUACUUUGGAUUGUCAUUCAACUCCUCUGGUCUUUCUGGCAACCCUUUCCUGAACUACUUCCUGUUGACGGUCGUCGAGCUCCCGGCGUACGCCGCCACCUGGCUGGCGGUACGCAGUCUUCCCCGCCGCCCGUCGUACAUCUUGUUCACCCUGCUGGGGGCGCUGGCGCUGCUGCUCAUCCAGGUCACGCUGAACAGUCAACCAGUUGUCACCCUGAUCCUGGUGCUGGUGGGUAAAUUUGGCAUUCUGGGCGGCACCGCGGUGUUGUACGUGUUCACCGGUGAGCUGUCCCCCACGGUCAUCAGGAACACCGCCAUGUCCAGCGCCGCCAUGUUCUCCAGAAUGGGAUCCUCUGUUUCUCCAUACCUGCUGCAGCUGGAGGUUUACCAUCAGUUCCUGCCGUGGAUCCUGGUGGGUUCUCUGUCGUUGCUCAGCGUCGUGUUCUGCGUCUUCCUGCCGGAGACCUUCCGACAGCCGCUGCCCGACACCAUCCAGCAGAUAGCGGUCCCACCGCGGUUCAGGUGGCCGUGGGCCUCCUCGCCUCCUCCAAAGGACGAUGGGAAAUCAGCCGAAGAGCUGCCGACUCCGCGUGAGGUCGUCUGCACGACUCGCCUGUGAGACUCCUGACGCAAACGGAUGGAACAAAACAGAUCAGCCUCCCAAACCUGUCGCAGAACACGGUGCUCUACUGUAAAAACACAAAAGGCCCACUCUAGAGUGUCUGGCUCGUCUAUUCUCUGCCACUGUCGGCACACGGCGGUGCAACAUGGCACACUCGGUGCAGAGGGCCCACUUUAUAUGUUGGUAUAAAUGACUCAUUCCGAGCAAUACAAAAGAAACAUGAUAAUUCUUAAAGGUAUGGGUCGUGAUAUACGUCAUAAAAGCAUAUUUAUUAAUAUUUUCUUCCAUUUCUUCCAAUGAGUAACCCUACAUCCUCCACAAUGUUCCUUUAUAGUCAGCACAACUUUAAAAUGGAAGUUUUUAAAAUCACAUGGCGGUUUGCUUCACUUGCCUUAGAUGUAGUUUACUAUGUUUCCAGUGAUGCUUUGAAACAUCGCUGCACUGAACAUGACAUGAACGUGACAAUCAUUCUCUGCAUAGAUAUGAAGGUGGAAUGUAAUAUGGAACACAAAGUGACUUUAAGGUGUAUGUUCAUUUAAAUGUGUGUUCUGUCAGUAGUCGGCCUAUGUUGCUCCCGUAGGUGUCAGCAGCAUCCAUGUCCAAUUAGAAGAUUCAGACAGGUAAUAUUAACUGGACUUUUAAGUUUUGUAUAUAAUGAAUGUAUUGUUUGGUUUCUACGACUACGAUGAAGAUGCAUUUGCUAUGUAUAGGCGAAAUAUUUGAUGUUAUGAAUACAUUAAUAAAUCAAAAGAGUGAUUAAAAACCUCUGUAUUAAUUAU